AUUGCACUAUUUUAUAAGAAAUUCAAUCUUAAUUUAAAAAGGCAAUAUUCGACAAUCUUUACUAAACAGAAUUUAUAUGAAAAUGGUGAGAAAUUGUAAUUAAAUAUAAAUCAAUGGAAGCCGAUUACGGAGAAGCAAACGGAGAAUAUGAAGAGCAGUCAAGUGAAGAUACCCAAAAAGUUUAUGAAGAUGUUUCGCGAAUCUUAACAUUUUCAGAAGCUGGAGAAUGUCUCCACACAUUAGGAAAAUGUGAUUCAGGUCUAGGUUAUGCUUAUUUAGGUUUGAACGCUUCUAACAGAGGCCUCACGGAUAUUCAAAUUAUACCAAGAUUCAAAUAUGUCCUCUUUGUGGAUAUUUCUGGCAACAAUUUAACUAUGGAAGCUCUUUGUGUUCUCACAAAAAUGACUUAUCUUUUAAUGAUUCAAGCUGAUAAAAAUAGGAUAUCUUCCGCAGAAAUGGAACCCAUGUCCUAUUUGCAGGUGCUGACUUUAAACAAUAAUAAGUUAAAAAGCACUGCAGGCAUCUCUCACAACCAUCUGGAGUAUCUAGAAUUAAACCACAAUGACAUUAAGGAGAUCACUCUGAAUCCUUAUGACCUGAAGAACCUUAAAAGUCUCGAAUUACGUGGAAACAUAUUAACCACAACGAACGGAAUAUUUUUCCCUGGAUUAAUAUCUUUAUACCUCGCGGAAAACCAAAUUGAAAGGCUGGAGAAUCUAGAGAUCCUAGUUAAUUUAAAAAUUCUACAUCUGAGGAGCAAUAAGUUGUCGAGUUUAGACGGAUUUGACUCGCGUUGUAUCAAACUUAAUUAUUUGAACCUCCGGGACAAUGAAAUCAUGAAAAUUUCCGAGCUGGAGAAAUUACGUUGUUUGCCUGGACUAGAAACCCUGAUAAUAUUGGAAAAUCCUGCGAUAAUUGAAAGAGAAGAAAGCGAAGAAAGCGUGUACAGGCAAAUUGUAUUGGCAAUGUUACCUAAUCUGAUGCGAAUCGAUAAAGAUCCAGUAUUAUAUCAAGAGAAAAGAGACGCUCAAGAAUUUCGUAGACAGAUGAUUCUCGAUGGGUCGAAAUUUACUGAUUUUGACAUUAGUCCUUUCCCCGAGUAACAAUAUAUAACGUAUUGUUAAAAGAAACUUAUAUUUUAAAUACAAAUAUUAAAACUUAAUGACGUUGUCAUUUACGAGCAUAUUUAAUAUGGAUUCGUGAGUCAGGUAUUUACUUUACCGAUCUACAUAU